AUGGCCUGGGAGGUUGAGUGGAGGAGCACCAGUGGGGGGUUUCUGAGCUUGGAUCCAACCACCCCCGCCUGAGAGACGGAACUCACACCAAUGAAUCGAAGUGACCAGGACCUUCCUCAAACUUUCAGUGUGGCGACCCUGACCCUGGUCUUGCUGAUGAUCAUCAUUGCCUUGGAAGCACAGGCAGGAAACGCAGUUGUGCUGUGGCUCCUGGGCUUCCACCUGCACAGGAAUGCCUUCUCCAUCUACAUCCUCAACCUGGGGGGAGCCAACUUCGUCUUCCUCUGCUGCCACGUUAUAGGUUCCCUGGAGAAGCUCAUCACCUCCUGCCACUCCAGCUCCAGCCCCAUCCCCAGUUUUUUCACCACUGUGCUGACCUUCGCCUACCUCACAGGCCUGAGCUUUCUCAGCGACAUUAGCACCGAGCACUGCCUGUCUGACCUGUGUCCCAUCUGGUACCGCUGCCACCGCCCCAAACGCUUAUCGGCUAUCAUGUGUGCCCUGCUCUGGGCCCUGGCCCUGCUGCUGAGCACCCUGGAAGGGAAGUACUGUGGCUUCCUGUUAAUGGACUUUAAUCGCAUUUAGUGUCGGGUGUUUGAUUUCAUCACUGCUGGGUGGCUGACGUUCUUAUCCGUGUUCCCCGCUGGGUGCAGCCUUGCCGUGCCGGUCACGAUCCUCUGUAGGUCCCAGCUGCAGCUGACCAGGCUGUGUGUGACCACUGUGCUGACAGUUCGGGUCUUCCUCCUCUGUGGCCUGCCCUCCGGCAUCCACUGGUUCUUCUUAAUCUGGAUUCAGGAUGAUUUGUUUGUGUUCCCCUGUCAUCACUGGCUGGUGGCCUUGGGCCUGUCCAGCUGCACCAGCGUCAUCAUUUACUACUUCGUUGGCUCCUUUAGGCAGAGGCAGCCAAAGAGGCGAGGACGGCAGAUCAAGAUAGUUCUCCAGAAGGCUCUGGAGGACCUAUCAGAAGUGGAUGGAAGCAAAGGCACCCUUCCUCAGGAAACCCUGAAGGCGUCAGGAAGCAGCCUGGUGUCCCGAUUCAGAGUCUCUGCCUCACUCUCAGGCUUGAGCGUUCUCCGUGCCAUUAGCACCAAGUGCCACUUGUCUACCCUGUACCCCAACUGCUCCAGCCUAGCCCUGCUGGCCAGGACCCUCUGUGAGUCCCAGCGGAUGCAGCUGACCAGGCUCUACGUGGUCAUCCUGCUCAGCGUGCUGGUCUUCCUCCUCUGCAGCCUCCUCUCAGGCAUCCAGAAGUUUCUGCUAGACUGGCUUCGGAAGGAUUUCAAUGUGUCCUUCUAUUAUUUUAAUAUAGGGAUGAUCCUGCCUAGCAGUGCCAACCCCACCAUUGGCUUUUUCGCUGGCUCCUUCAGGCAUCAGAGGCAGUGGCGGCUGCCCUUCAAGUUGGUUCUCCAGAGGGCUCUGGAGGACACAACUGAGGAUAGCUCUGACAGCUUCGUAGAGAAUCAGCUGCAGGGGGCCAAGGGUGGCAACGGGGAGACCAGUAAGGAGGCGAUUGCAGAGAUCCAGGCGAAAGAGGACGGCGGCUGGAACCAGGGUGGUAGCCCUGUGAUGCUGUCUGCCUGGCGGUCCUGCACCGGGUUCGGCGCGCACGGCCCCGCCGGGGUCCCUCUGGCGGCCGCCGCAACCUCGGCGUGGGAGCGGCGCCUGCGGGGACUCCGAGCGGAGCUGCGGGGUGGGGGCGCCCGUGGGGGCGCCCGAGAUCCGGGUCGGGGAUUAAGGGUCCGCGACCGGCCCCACCUGGGCUCUGGGCGCCGCCGGAGCUCCCCGCCCCCGCGCUCGCCAGCCCCGCGGGCCCUGCGCAAUUCCCGGGAAGCGGCGCAAGCCCGCCCGGGGGCGGGGCGGAGCCGGGACUAA